AUGACUAUUGUUACAUCAAAACAUAUUCCCAAAAAGUUUACAAGGAAAUAUGGUGAAACUUUAUCCAAUUCGGUGUUGGUUAAGCUUCCAUGUGGUUCAAAAUGGAAAAUGGAGUUAACAAAGAAAGAUGAGAAUGUUUGGUUUGAUAAGGGUUGGCUAGAUUUUGCAAAGUAUUAUGCCAUAAAAAGGGGUAGCAUAUUAAGCUUUAGAUAUGAGGGGAAUUCUGAAUUUAAUGCUGUCAUAGUUGAUUUGAGUUUAGUUGAGAUAGACUAUCCCUCUGUUCCCACCAAUUUGGUUAGCUCUAACAUUGAUGAUAGUGACAUUAAAAUCCCCAAAAGGGAAGUUUUUGAAGAUGAAAAUUUGGAUGUGUUUUCACCAAGCCAAAGAAUGAGGGAAAAAACUUCAUUACCAUGUUCACGGCCACAAAAGAAAAUGAGAACUCAAAGCAAUCCAUGUUGUCGAAAACUCGAGUCAGAAACAAAAGGAAAACACAAUUUGCCUAAUGCAACCGGGCAAAUGAAGCUGUCAUCACCGAGCCGAAGGGAUGAAGCUAGUGAAUUCAAAUCGAGCCGACCAUUUUUCAAGGUUGUCAUGAGGCCAUACUGUGUUCGUGGUAGCAUGAUGAAUUUGCCUAGCAGCUUUGCAAAGGAAUAUUUAGAAGCAAGAGCAACAUGUAGCAAUGCAAUACUUAAACUCCCAAAUGGUUGUGGUAGGACUUGGUCUGUGCUAUGUAAGUUUAAAGUGUAUAAUCAUGAAGUAAUAUCAUCAAGAUUUCAGGCAGGUUGGCCAGCAUUUGUUAAGGACAAUAAUCUGAAAUUAGGUGAUGUUUGUGUAUUUGUUCUGCUUGAGGACAUAACUUUUACAUUUGAAGUUGUAAUUUUUCGAGUUAGUAAAGAGGACAAGGAUGCCAUGAAUGGCGAAACUGUCAUGCCUAAUGGACGUGUGACUACUCUUCCUACACCGAAAAAGCAACAACAAUACUUUUCAAUGAUUGAAAAAGCUAAGCUUCUUGAAAUGGCUCAAUUCAAAUCUGAAUAUCCCUUUUUCAAGAUUGUUAUAUAUCCAUCGUUUCUCGGUUCAAGGUAUUAUAUGGAAGUACCAAUGGAAUUUGCUAAGAGAAACCUUAAGAAGGAGGGUGAUGCCAUUCUUUCGGUUUCGGACAGUGGUGGAUAUUGGCCUAUUCAAUUUGAAAUGAGGCACAUGAAAAGUAAGGGGAAAGUGAGAGCUGAAUUCAGAUGUGGUUGGAAAGAAUUUGCCAAGGACAAUGAGUUGAAAGUUGGCGAUGUUUGCAUUUUCGAGCUUCUUAAAAGAUCCGAAAAUUUGUUUAGAGUUUCCAUUUUGUGUGCUGUUGAUGAUGAGAAUGAUGCAUACCACAAAAAUUGUCAAGGUUUAUUACUUAUUAUUAUAAUGUAUUCAAAUUUGAUUUGGGCAUGUGUAUAG